AUGAUGUCGAAGACUCGCUCCCGAAGAAAGUUGUGCGUUUGGCUGGCGGGGAAAACUGCCAUUUCGGCAGGCCAGCAGAAAAAGGGAUUCAACCCAAGACAGACGGGGGUUAAGGAGGGACCUGAUCCUGCGCUUGAAGCCUUCAAGAAAGCCCCCAUCACGGGUCUUCUAUCCGAGGUGCCUGGUAUAGGGCCGACGGCCGUUGGCCUACUAGGAGAGGGCGAAGGAGAUGACUGCGUCAAGAACACGUUCCAGCUGAUCGGAAAGUUCUUGGUGCUUCGAGGUUCGAAAGAGGAUGGGCAGCUGAUCGACUGCGUGGAGCACUGUGACAAAUUCUACUGGUGGCUCAAGUCCAAAGCCGUCGACAAUUAUCGCGGUCGCAUCGUCCAAUGCAUUGCCGUGAAGACCAACUUGUCGUACCCCGGUAUUUACGACACUGACAAGUGGGAGGAUCCCGAACUCUAA